AUGGUCUCUACAAAAGCCCCGGGGCUGGAAGCCUUGGACAUGGAGCUGCAGACCGUCGGUCAAAAUGUCCCUCAAAACCAAAACGCUGGGACUGCAUUGGAUAACAGUGAUAUGCACCGGAUGGGAAAGGUCCAAGAACUAAAGGGUCUGAUCAGUGUCCGAGAUCCAACUUAUGAGCCACAGGGCUGGCAAGGCACACUUUUUGUAUUUGCCAUGGUCUUGGUCAUAUACAUCUUCAAUGUGUACGGAGCCGAUGUGAUGCCAGUUCUGAGCAAUCUCUUGAUGAUUCUUCAUGUGCUGUCUUGGGCAGUGAUAUUGAUAGUUCUUUGGGCUAUGGCACCUCGUCAAUCCGCAGAAGCUGUUUUUGUUACAGGGUGGGAGAACAUGGGCGGCUGGUCGACUAUGGGACUAAGUGUGAUGAUUGGACAAAUUUCAGCUAUUUAUGGCUCCUUGAGUUCUGAUGCAUGCGCCCAUAUGUCAGAAGAAGUCAAAGACGCUGCGAGGAAUGUGCCCAUCGCUAUUGCUUGGGGCUACUUUAGCAAUGGCAUCAUGGCCACCGUUUUGCUCAUUACUUUCCUCUUCGCUAAUCCGUCUGUGAAAGAUUCAUUGGAUGACAUUACCGGGUUCCCAUUCCUCUACGUUUUCAAAAACGCAACUUCUACAGCUGGAGUGAAUGGUUUGACGGCGAUUAUAUUACUGCCUGUUAUCUUCAGCAACAUUCUCUUCAAUGCCUCCACCUCCCGUCAAACCUUUGCCUUUGCUCGAGACAACGGUCUACCAUUUUCUCGCUGGAUUGGCAAGGUUGACCCCAAGCGCCAGAUUCCCGUGAAUGCCAUUGCUCUAUCCUGCAUUAUCAGCUGUGCGCUUUCUCUCAUUAAUAUUGGAUCUGACACUGCGUUCAACGCUAUUAUAUCCGUGAAUGUCGCUGCACUAAUGUAUACAUACAUCAUUUCAAUCAGCUGUGUCAUCUAUCGAAAGAUCCGGCAUCCCGAAACACUUCCACUUCGUCGCUGGGAUAUGGGACGAUGGGGUUUGCCCGUUAAUGUUAUCGCUCUAUUUUAUUCCCUUUUUGCGUUAUUCUGGUCAUUUUGGCCAGGCGAUGUUGCAGUAACUCUGGACAAUUUCAACUGGAGCGUGGUUAUAUUUGGUGCAGUUUUUAUACUGAGCUUGGGAAUGUACGUGAUUAAAGGACGGAAGGAAUAUGUUGGACCUGCGGCGAUAGUGGAAAAGCAUGAGAACUAG